AUGUCUCAGAGUCCAGUGUUACCAUCGUUGGCUUCACCUGUACCCACUGGACCUCUGAGCUUCGAGGACACCCCACAGCCGACAGUCCCCGAGCAGCAGCAGCCAGUCGUGUCUCCCCAUGCCCCUCAGCUGUCAGUUGUGCCUUCUUCAGUCGCUGAGCCAGCACUUGACGCUCCAGACGCUACUCUUCAGUCAGUGCAGCAUCAGAUCGAUGAGGCGACAGCAGCUGCGGGUCACAGUCCGUCCAGCUCCGACUCCGAGGCCGACGGUUCUCAGUUCGUCGUGGCACCUUCUUCGACAGCAUCGGGUCCUCCGUCUUCUCCAGCUCCGGAUGCUUAG